CGCUGGCGCUGUCCCUGGCCGACGCAGCGGCGGAGAGGGACGCGGCCGCGGAGAUAGCCGCCGAGUCAGGCAAGAAGCUGCCCUCGAAGAAGGUCGAGCCCCAGAAGCUCAAGGGCGCCUGGGGCGUGGCGAGCGACAAGGCCGCCGUGAGCGCGCUCCGCGCUCCUGCCCGCCUCCUGGUGGAGAGAAUAGAGUGCCGCAUCCUGAUUCGGCAGGGGGCGGAGCAGAUCACGGAGGUGCCGGCCGCGGAAUUCGACGUCGAGCUCUCCCGCCCCGCGGGGAAGGGGUCUUCCGGCAGCAGCCAGUGGGGCUUCAGGUGGAGCAGGCCGCUGCUCGACGACGGCCUCCUGGUGGUCAGCAGCAUCGUCGAGGACUCGCUGCUCGACAGGUGGAACUUGAAGCGGAUGGCGGCGGGCGAGGAGGACCGGGUCGUGCGCGCCGGCGACCGCCUGGACCUCGCCAACGGCCUGUCGGGGCGGCGGGCCAUCCAGGCCGCCCUGCCGCAGGAGGAUAGCCUCGAGCUCCGCUUUGCGCGGCUGGAGACCCUCGUAGCCAGGGCGCAGGCUGGAGAUCUACUCCCAGAGGAGUCCGAAGGCGAGGCGGAGAAGGAGGCGGCCCGGCUGGCUGCGGAAGAGGCCGACCGGCGAGCCUUCGCCGAGUACCGCCGGACGGCCGUGUCCUGUCACAGGUCCCUGCCGCCGUCCCUGCAGAGCACGUUCGCGUCGGCCGAGCCGGGCGCGGCAGGCGCGGACGCGCUGCACCGGAGGGUAGAGGACUGCUUCAGGGAGUUCGGCGCCGUCGAGGCCCUGGAGGACAACUACCAGCCCACCUAUCGCUGCCGGAGGUGCUGCCCGACUGGCGACAAGAGCGGCAGGACGUUCGCUUCGCGCAGGGUGUGGCUCUGGCCCACCGAUCUGCCUCCGCUCCUGACCCUGCCGUCCACUCAGAAUUCUGCGCAUGCGCGGUAG